AUGAAGCUCAACCUCUCUGGUCUGCCACUAUUGGCGCUGUGUCAACUUGCCGCUGCGUCACCAUGUAAGCCUCCAAGUUCUUCGUUGACGACUGGCUUGACUACCGCCGAUGCCAUUACAGAGCACUCGACGACAGCCGAAUCCAUUCCGAUCUUCGAAACUAAUUUGCCAUCCUCGAUCGCCACUACGGCUCAGACUGGGACAACUGAGUCGGUGGCCACUCUGGAGACUGAUACUGUUUCUGAGUCUGCUACCAGCUUGGAGGCUUCCACCGCUUCUGAAUCUGAGACUUUGUUGACAGAAUCUAUUACCUCCACUUGGGGUGCCAGCUCUUCCCAGGCUGCUCCUACAUCUGAGCGUACUGUCAGUUCUCAGGCCACAUCAGCUUCUGAGACCGAGGUUGACAGUACGACAACUGAAAUGGUAGCCACUCCCGAGUCUACUACAACCUCUGACAUGCCCAUAAUCUCAACUACCUCAGCUGAACCAACAACCACAACAUCAAGCAUCCCGCAGGAGCCAAACAACGUACUCCAAAAUCCCAGCUUUGAAGAAGCCACCAUUUCGCCAUGGACCAAGGUCGCUAGAGUCGGCACCUGGGGCCUAUCGACGUCCGAAUCCCGGACUGGCGCGCAGUCUGUUCUCUUCUCCUUCCAAGAUCCAUCGGCUUUCAACGCCUACAUACGGCAACAAAUAGACACAUCCCUUCUCCAAGCCAACAAGAUGUACGAAUUCACUGUGUAUACAUUGGCAACUGUGGAAGCAUCAUGUGCGACACGAAUCAUUUCAUGUCAUACGGGAAUCCAAAACAUGGUCGGUAGUAAGCUUGGGUCUUCAGCGAAUCCAGGUACUUGGCAGCCUCUGAAGGUCGAGUGUACGUGGUCGCAAGCUGAGUUGGAUGCUGGGGCGUAUAUUAGGAUUUUCUUGUAUGGUUCUUGCGUGAAAAUGGACUGGUUUAUCGAUGAUGCGACUUUUGUUGAGGCUGUUUAG